GUGACGAUCGGAUCAUUGGAGAUCUAGUGGCCUCCAAAGCUGAUAUCGGAAUUUCAGGUUUAUACAUGACCAACGCUCGUUAUUCGUUGGUCGAUUUUUCUCCUGUUAUUUUGCAAGAUUGUGGGACAUUCGUAUCUUUGGGAUCAUUUGCUCUGUCCAAGUAUAGGGCGAUAUUCGGUCCAUUUCACUGGAGCAUUUGGGUUAUGGUGGUGAUCACUUAUAUGGUGGCUAUAUUUCCCAUAGCGUUCACAAAUAACCGUAAUGUGGGAACGCUGUGCAAGAGUCCCAAACAGCUGGAAAGCAUGUGCUGUUAUAUGUUCGGGACAUACACGAAUCUGUUCACAUUUAAAGACGUCAAGUCUUGGACCAAUACCAAAAUGGGAUCAACCAGACUCUUUAUUGGAACGUAUUGGAUUUUUACGAUUAUUAUUACGACGGCCUACACUAGUUCGAUAAUAGCAUUCAUAACAUUACCAGAACAACCGGUGAUAGUGGAUAAAUCAUACCAAUUGGUCGAUCAAGGCUACAGAGUAAUGACAUUAGGUAAUUGCAGUCUUGUUAAGUAUUUUAAUGAAUUAAAUUAAAAAUAUUCAAAUUCUUUUUUGAAUACUAUUAUUUUAAAUAGGUAUUUUUUAAAAAAAGUAAUUAACAUAGCCCUACGCCCCAACGUAAGUAUUUUGAAUUUUUUUAUUCAUUCAAAAAAUACUUUUUUUAAGGAACUAAAACGUUUUAUAUUUGUGACAAAACUAAUUAUAUAAAUAUAAUAUUAGUAUCGGUAAUUAUUGUUAAGUACUAACGUUAUCACAUUUUGUUAUUGUGGUACCUACUACUAUGAAGUAUAAAUACCUACCAGUGGGUACUAUA